GGCGCGUUUUCCCUUCCCUGCUGGCCCGCGCUGCGAGCUGCGCUCGGCGGACCAAAGAAGUAAACACUGUGUAGAGAGGCACUGACAUAUUUGGAGGGAAAUGGAAGCAUAUACAGUAAUAGAAGAGUAACAUCGUAUUUAAAGAUCUCUUAUCGACGCCAAUAAUCCAUAAUCAAUCUAUAGAUCAAAAUUGAGAACACUUCGGCUACUCCUGUGCAGAGAAGGAGAUUCUUAAGUUCAGCCGUAGCUGGGGUUUGUCGGUUCUGACAUUCAAACAACUGGCUUUAGUACACUGCUACUACAUCAAACCAACAAUGAAUUGGAAUACAAAACCAGAGAGCGUUGCCUUACCACCACAGUAUCCUAAAAACCAAACAUCUUUUUUGGAGCAGGCUUUGAUAAACACACCAUCUCAAAGUUCUUUAAACUAUCCUGGAAGUAAUCAAGAAGCAUGCAUGUUUUUCAGUAAUUCAAAUCCAGUUUCACAGCCGCUGCUCAACAUGAGAAAUUACAAAACUCCUCAACAAAUCCCUCUUUCUGAUAUGCAUAGUGGGACGAUUGUGGCCUCACAAACUUCAGUAGAAAGAAUAACGUAUGCAAAUGUUAAAGGACCCAAACAACUAAAUCACAAUUUGCAAAUGUCUUCAGGAGUUACACAAAAUGUAUGGUUGAACUCACCAGUGAGGAAUUCUGUGCUUUCUCAUACAGGGGCAAAUCUCUCUCAGCAAACUAGUUUUGGAACAAAUGCGCCCAAUGUACACCCACUACAGAAUCAGUUUGUAACAUCAGAUACCUAUUCUAUGCAACUACAGAUGAUCCCUUCUAGUUCUGGAAGCGGUCCUGUAACUUAUCAGGGAAACCCGAGACUUAACCCACCUUUAUCAGAGCGACAGGUUGAUUGGGCACAACAGUAUCCAUCCAAUGGACUGACUUAUCCAGAUUAUAGAACACUUCCAAAGCAAUACAGUUAUUCAUCACGAAGCUAUUUGCAAGAUCCUACUCAGAAACAACACUCUCUGCCGGCUGCAUCAUUACAAGUUAAAAAUAGUCACCCUCCAAAUUCUGCACUGACUUUACAGUCAAAGCAAGCUGCAACUAUACAGUCAUAUCAAUAUGCGGUUGCUCAAACUGACAGAAGACCUCCUCCUCCUUAUGACUGUAGAUAUGCCAGCCAGCCUUUGCAAAGUACUCAGCAUAUUAUUAAACACUCUUCCGUGGAAGUUCCUCAGAGUCAAGAAAUGCAUUUACCUGAAAUGAGGAAAGAAUUUUAUAGAGGCUUUCAACAGCAGUGGCAAAACCUUAACGAAAAUGUCAGCAGGACUGGAAAUUCCUGUAACUUGAAAGUAAAUUCCAAUGUCAGUCAGCCUUAUAGUGAACCCAUUAGAUCUUCGCUGGAUGGCGUUCAGACUCUUCCUGAAAAUAAUCCAGAGAAAAGAGUGGAUGCUUGCAAUCUAACUUCAAAUCAAGUACUAGACACAAGUGUCACGAAAGAAAAGUUAGUGAGAGAUAUUAAAACAUUAGUAGAAAUAAAAAAGAAGUUUUCGGAACUCGCAAGGAAAAUUAAAAUUAAUAAAAAUCUUUUGAUGGCAGCAGGUUGUGUUAAAACAACUAAUACCUCUUAUAGUGAAUUGGCUCAAAAUUCUGAAUUGUCUCAUCAAACUGCCCAAAUCCAGUCGGGACCACUGGUAACCCCAGUCACUCUAGAGGCUGCAAAGGAUAAACCACCACCAGCUAUGGAAUCUAUAGAAGAAACAAAUCGAACACACCAUACAUUGAAUUCCAACAUUCAGGACACCAAUUGCAGAAAUUUUAACCAAGUCAAUUCCAUUUUACAAAAUCCUGUCUGUUCAGAAAAGUUGCCAGUGCCAAACCAGUUACAUGAGUUGAAAAUUAUGACUUCUUUAAAGACAUCAGCUGUUGAGAUUACCCAGGCAACAUUAAAUAACACUCAGUUUUCAUCCGGAAAAUUUGUCGAUGUUGAACAAAAUGUGCCAACAAAUUCUGAAACAACUUCUUUUCCUCAGUCUACGUCUUUUGAGGAAUAUGUUUCAAGAUAUCCAAAUAAAAAUAAACUAAUUCUCAGUCUACUUACACAAGGAGAUAAAACUCAGAGGAAAUUAUCAAAAGAUGCUAAUAAAACUAUUCAGGAUUCUAAACCACAUAGUUUUGAAAGGAAUCCAAAUACCCAAAUCAUUGAUAACCAGCCGAAUUUGAAAACCGUGGAAACUCCAAGUACUUGUAAUAUAAAUGCCAAGAUUUCAGACGAUUCAUUUUGCCUUGAGGGUAAAUCCUCAGCAAAUGGAAUGUCUUCUAAAAGUGACAGUCACUGUCCCAUGGAAUUGCUAGCAACAUGUCUUUCUCUGUGGAAAAAACAACCUUCAGAAACUACAGAAGAAAAACAGUGUAAUGGGUCAAGAACAAACACAACAGCAGUUGGAAUUUCAAAGCCUGUGGAAAUCUGUGACAAAAGUCCAUUUUCACUUGUGGGAAAUUCUCAGAAUAAGAAGGUAAACAGUUCACAAGAAUCAGCUUUGUCAAUGGUAGUGCAGAAUUCUGAGUCUUCAGGUGCAACUGUUACAAAGGGAACAGAACUUCAGAUUGCUAUAGUGUCACCCUUAAUUCUUUCAGAUGUCAAAACGUUAUCUGUCAAAGAAAUAACACCUGAAGCUUCACCUGAAGCAAUGUAUCCAGUUAUUAAAGAAGGCAGUGUUUGUAGCUUACAAAAUCAGUUGGCAGAAAAUCCUGGAGUUACUGCUGCUUUGAAGGUUAAUGAACCAGUAGCAAGUACGACAGCAAGCACCAAGAUUUUCCCACUGUUUCAGAAGGAAAAGCAAAAUGAGUCAACUAAGGGUCAUUUAGAAGGCACACCUAAUACUAAUCAAGGAAAGCAUACCAAAUCAGAACCAGAUAUCCUUUAUCCUGUGGGUGAUUGGCAAGCCUCCUGUACCUCAAGGGACAGUGAUAUCGUGAAUGUUGAUGCAUUACAGAUUGAUAAUAUCUGUUCUCUUGCUGAAGGUAAUACAUCUUAUAAUUCCCAAAUAGCAAAGAUAUUCAACUCACCCCCUUUGAAAAAGGUUGAGGCACAGACACCUUCUCUCCCCAAUCACCAAGUGAUUAGUAGUGAACAACAAUUAGAUAACAUCACUGAAAAUAGAGACUCUGGUUUUCAAAAGGAUAAUUUUGGACAGUGCACAGAUAGCUCAGAUAAAAUACCUGAUCAGUCAAAGUCACUGCAACUUGCAGAAUCAUCAUCUUUAAAGAAUGUUGAGGCAGAUAGUGGCAUUGUAGAGGAAAGCAAUCUGGAGCACAUCACUAAAACAGAGAGCAUGGCCAAUGAUCUGUGUUCGGUGGUUGCUAGUCAGCAGGAUAGUUUCCUGGAGGAAAUCGAUAUGUCCUGCGAUUACACUGCCCAAGAUCCUGCAAGAAAUGAGGUUCUUGAUGAUAAGACAUCCAUCUUAUACCUACGUGAUCAGCUAUCAGAACUUUUAAAAGAGUUUCCCUAUGGUAUUGAAGCUGUGAACAGACGUAACGGUUCUGUGGCCUCCAAAUUAACAGACCAGAUCUCAAAAGAUCAAACUUGUGAUGAGAUUGGUUGUGACUCCAAAGACUCAACAGAUUCAACAGACCAAAUACAAAUUACUAUAUUAAGCUCAGAGGAAAUGAAAGAAUUAUUUCCAGAACAGGAUGAUCAAGCCUGUGAGGCAGACAAGUUGACAGAACCUCAGAAAGAAAAGCCUGUCACAAAGGAAGGGAGCCAGUGUGACCCACAAGCACGUACAGAUGGAGAAAGUUCUGAUUCUGUAACGGUGGAUUCAGAGAAAGACGAUGUCCGUUGCUGUGCAUUGGGGUGGCUCUCUAUGGUUUAUGAAGGAGUACCCCAAUGCCAGUGUAAUUCCGUCAAAAACUUGACUUCAGAGGAAGAAAAAGGGAAAGAUCAGUGUCCUCCUUCGGAGACCAAUAGUUGUAAACAAGGAGAGGGCACCUCUGAUAGCGAUGACCCUAUUGGAUUUAAUAGUCCUCUAAAUAAUGAUCCGAAGGUUCCUCUGUCUCCUCCAGAUGGUAGAAAGCAUUUUCCUUUGAUGGAACAAGGCAAGAAUAUAACAGAUAUAUCCCAACUAAAAGGUAACAGCUCACCAAGGUCAGAACAAGAAUCAUCUAGUCAGUUUUUAUCUAAAGGUGAUAAAAAACUAGAUUCCUUGCAAAGUUACAAACGAAAAGGAAAACUGCAGUUUCAUGAGAUAACUUUUCACUCCGGUCACAAAAUGACAAAAUUUUCACAAGAGAGCCUGCAGAAGAGGCUCAUGGCACCAAACGCAUGUCCACUGAAAACAAAGAUGGGUUUUUUGACAAGUAAGAAUAAAGAUCUACAUAUGAAGAAAGGUUCAUUGCUGUCAGUAUCACCAGAAAAGAGAAAACUCAAAGCAGGAGGCUGCACACAAAAAAUUUUGGAAAAAAGGAAGUUAGACGAAGGAAACCAACUUGUUUCAGAGAUAAAGAAGACGAAAUGUGAUAAACGAGAGCAGAAUAGAAAUGUGGGAGGUGGUACAUUUAAGUUAUGUAAUUUUUUGGCAACCUCAAAUGAAAGAGCCAAUGUUAAAGAAAAGACAGUAUCAAAUGUUAAGUCUUCGGGCCCCAAGGAUAGUGCAUCUAAAUUUAAUAGAGUUCUAGCACAGAAGGAGUUUUUACAAAGGCAGAAGUAUAAAGAAGCUAGGGGUAGCAAAGCAUUAAAAAGAUAUGCAAAGAAUGUACCAUGUGAUUCUGAAUACAUCAGGUCCAGUAAACUUGCUAUGCGAGUAGGGAGUUGUGGGAAACCAAACGAGAGACAGAUUAGCAGCAUGCAGACCUCGAAAGAACCUGUAAAUAUUUAUGUAAGCCUUGAUAAAAACCUCAAAACCCACCAUUCUGAGGAGUCUAAAACAUACAUUUCGAGGAAUGUUAAAGGAACAGUGGGUGGAAAGCAGGCUGAUAAAAUGUGGAUUGAUAAAAGCAAAUUAGACAAAAAUUUAGCCAAUGUAAGUAAUGAAGUUGAAUUCAGCCAAACGUCUUCCCAAGCCAAGGAUCAAAGGAAACUCUACCUGAACCGAGUCGCCUUUAAAUGCACUGAACAGGAGAGCAUCUGUCUCACGAAAUUGGACGGUUCACCCAGGAAGCUUAAUAAAGAGAAGAGACCAGAAAAGAAACCUAAGAGCCUUUUGCUUGUGAAAGAUACCACAGAAAAAUCAAGAAUGCUGGAGUUUAAAUUAUGUCCAGAUGGACUAAUAAAGAAUACAAACCCUGCUGAAGACUGGAAGGAUCUGCAGCUUUGUCCUAGAAAGAAGCAGGCUCCUGUGCAAGUUUCAGGAAUAAAAAGUACGAAAGAAGAUUGGUUAAAAUGUGUAACUGAGGAGAAAAGGAUGCCGGAAGCCAGCCAAGAAAUAGAUGGUAAUAUUUUGGCUAAUUCAAGAGUCUCCAAGAGAAGCUUCAGUGCAGAUGGAAUAGAGACACUACAAAACCCAGUAAAAGAUUCAAAAGCAAUGUUUCAAACCUACAAAAAGAUGUACCUGGAGAAGAGAAGCAGAAGCCUUUGUAGCAGUCCUGUAAAAUAAUUUUGAGACUUUAAUUCUUCUGAUGGUUCUGUAAUUGCCCCAGAAAAUUUCUGUCGUCUUGCGUUCGGAAUACUCUGCUGGAAAUACGCAGCAUUGCCACGCUGAAAUUUCUCAGAGAGCUUGGUUACCACUUAGGUUAUGUAUAUCAUUGAAAUUACUUAAUAAAAAUGGCUUGAGAACCUUAUUUGUGGGUAGCAGACAUACAAAAUAGAUGGCAUUUGUCAGGGAAACCAUAAGGUAUUGUAUUUUGACAUUAUUGAACCAAGUUUACGAUUUUAAAAUGAGUUCUUAUACAAUUCUUAUUUUGAAAUGCGAACUGUCCAUCCCUAGGGAGGCGUGUUCCUCAGUUAAGGACUUGUUUGUGUUAGCUGGGACUGUAAAUGGAUUUUUUUUUCUAGAACUUAUUAGCAAAACUUAUUUUCAAAAAUGCUCACUGUGAAUGUCAAAGUAUAUUCGUACGUAUUUUAUACCUGAUUGUAAACUUUUUGUCAGAAGUCUUGUUCUAUACUUGUUAAACUGAACACAAUUUUUGGAUAACAUUUAAACAUUACUUUUCAUACUUGAAAUAAACAUUUAUUUUUUAACAAAUA